CGCGGUGAAGCGCGUAGAAAGUAGAUGCGAAGAGCCCCGCCAUUUAAACCCCACGUCCAAUAUGAUCUCAUUUGCUUCUCCAUUUGUUCUCCAGGCAUCAGACACUGAGCAGGCACCCAAAUAACAAAAGCUCCUUUUUCAUUAACCAGGAACCAGGCUUGUACAUAAAAACACCGCAACUCGCCAAACAUUUAGUCGAUCGUUAAGUGCUCCCGAACCAAUCCACCAUGCCGCCGCCUUCUCAACUCGCCAUCGCAACAGGCUCUGUCAACCGACUCCUCAAAGAGGAGGCUUCAUACCACAAAGAGGUUGAGGAGGAGGAAGCCAAGGUCAAAGCUCUGAAGGAAAAGAUUGAUAGCGGUGCAAACGAGGAUGAGAAUGCUUCGUUCAUGCUCAAACAGCAGCAAACUGCCCUUGAGCAGACAAAGGCCGUAUUCGAACCCCUGCGACAAAAGAUCGCUGUCGCUGUCGAGAAGCUGGAGGAGCAACUCUCUGUGAGCGAAGAGCUGAACGCUCCGGAGGACCAGGUGGUGCAGGCCAAGGAGGCGCUGGUAAAAGCCAAAGCUACCCAAGCCGAUGCUUAAUCGAAUCAUAAAACAGGACAAGGGAAGGAUACUUUACGAUACCACUUAGAAGACACUUGAUAAAAAAAAACGGAAACGCUUCUGGACCUUCAUUUAUGAGGGUAUCUUAAGACAUAGUCGAUAGUACAAACAGCCAAGUGGGAAGCCCUAAUUGUCUACUUCCAUCUUAUCAUCAUUAUUUUCAGGUGGCUCAACUGUCACCUGGGGUGUCAUUCCUCCGUCAUCAUGGGCUCGACUGAACUCAGGCUCCUCCAUGUCAACAUCCUCUCCCGAUUCUGCCUUACGCUCGUCGUGUGGUGGCAUAGGCGAAACAUCCC